UUAUUCGAUUUUCGCUACGGAAUUAUGCACAGACCCAAUACAUCGACAGCGCACAGCUCGUGCGAUGUGAGAAUUGAACGGGAUGAAAUAUAAAAUGCAUUCAGGGCAAAUUUACAAAUAUUUUUACGAAGAACUUUUCGCUGCAGAUUGAUACGACGAAAGAAAGAAUCUGAUUCGCGACUUCAUUCGCGACAUACGCUCGUGCUCGCGUGACGCGAAGGUAACGUUACGCUGCUGCGCGAAAUUUGAGAGCGCAGAUAUGCGCGGGGUGUAAUCGUAUAUCCGGAUUACAAACGACACGCACCGACGCGCGCGCGUCGCGCAGAGAUUUCUCACAUGGGAGGCAUCGUGAUCGUCUCGCAUCGAGUGAACCGAAACGAUCGAUACCAACGCGUUUUCCACCGCGAUCUGUUGACCCGUCGCAAUUGUCAGGUCGUUAGGAGUUAUUAUUGGCCAUCAUUUAAACAUGCUCGAUGCAACAUGUGAUCCCUCGGAUCGUCAUUCUAUCUGGAGCUACAACGGAGCGGAGAAAAAGCGCAAGGUCGCGAGACGAUCUCUUCUAGAUCGUCUUCGCGAUCGUCUUCCGUCGCUACGCCGAAUGUUUCGCGGUGGUCGAUCGACUUCCUCUCAUCCGAGACCUACAACCAGCAACUGGAAAUUCUGCGGACAUUCGUGCGAAAAUUGCGAUUUCACAUGAGAUACUUCGAACGCUCGACAUUUCGCGCUCGAAAGACGCCAUCCACGCUGUUGCAAGAUACAGUUUGUUGUUCACGACGGUCUCGAAAUAUAAAUAUCCUCCGCUUCCUACCGACCGGCUGACCUUCGUCUCCUCCUUCCUCCCCCACGCGGAGCCUUUAUAGCUCUAAUCGGCUCUAAUGUGCGAAGCAAUUAUUUGCCAGUGGCUUCUGUUUGUUACAAUUGUUCGUUAUCGGGCGCGAAUUGCAUGUUCUCGCUCGCUGCCGGGAUACCACCUGCUCCGCCGACGCAAAUACGACACUAUUUUAGGAUCCGCCUUUUAUCAUCGCGCGAACGGGAGGUCGAAAGGUUGUUUUCUUCGUUCGGCUAAUAUAAGAGCCGACGAUGAUGCCCUCGCGUCCAAUAGACCUCGUCGCGAGGACCAGGCAGCCGCUUUGCCGAGCGAAUCUCUUAGAUUUCGCGUAAAAAGGAGAAAAGGAAGAAGGAGUCAAUCACAUCCCGCACGGAAUUCGUUGAAUUUCUUGGAUUAUAUGCUAUGUGCGAGAACCAGUGACUCCCUCGGACGUAUCUUGUGAUCACAGUGGAUUACAACGUAAAGAGUACACGUCGCGAGAUGCCCUUUUGCAAAAAUCUGCGAGUUGGACGCGUCGAUCACCGCGAACGUGCAUGAAUAAUUUUAAUUAUUAGUCGGGACGACGAUUAGACUUGACGCUCAGUCUGAUCUACAUAACUGUGCAGAUAUAACGGAACAAUUAACAGAGGAUCAAAUCGAGCCGGAAUACAAUCGAUAAACUCCAAUCAAUAUCCCAAUUAGUAUUUAUAAACAAGUUUAUAUAUAUAUAUCAUCGCGCUGAUCUUUGACGUCUGAAGCGCGAGACAAUCACGAUGCCUUACAUCGAGUCGAUCGAUUGCGAUUCCAAACCCGCCGAAUCUAAUCUCCAGCUGGCAAAACUUUCGGAAGAUUAUGCGAUCAAGUCGAAAAUCGCGUGCUCGAUUUGGUUGGAGAAAAAGGAUGAGCAGUCGACCAGGAUGCUGGCGCGUUUCCUUAGCACUCGAGAUCAGGAUCAAGCCACGAACGCGGAGGAUGUCUUGUUCGACAUGUUCAAGAACGAGGAUACCGGUCUCUUAUCGGUGGGAAAAUUUUUAGCUGCUCUAAGAACGACCGGCUUGCGGAAGAACGAUCCUCGACUUCAGGAGUUCUCGGACAAUCUGAAGAAGGAGCACAUCAAAACCGACGGCCAUGAGGGUGUCUCGCACGAAACGCAAAAGCUCGACAGAGAGCAAUUCAGAAGAAUCAUAAAUCCCAACAUUGUCCUGAUCUCGCGGGCGUUCAGGCACCAAUUUAUAAUUCCCGACUGGGCCGGCUUCACGAAGCACAUGGAGGACUUCUACUGGAAAUGCAAGACGAACACCGAGGGCAAAGUGGCCUCCUACAUACCGCAGUUAGCCAGAAUGAGCCCCGAAUAUUGGGGUGUCUCCUUGUGCACGAUCGACGGCCAGCGAUUCAGCAUCGGCGACACCUCGAUACCGUUCACCCUUCAAAGUUGCAGCAAACCGCUGACAUAUGCGAUAGCCUUGGACAGUCUGGGUCAAGAAGUGGUGCAUCAGUACGUCGGCCAGGAGCCGUCUGGCAGAAAUUUCAACGAGCUUGUGUUGGAUUACAACAAGAAACCGCACAACCCGAUGAUCAACGCCGGCGCGAUAUUGAUCUGCUCGCUGUUGAAAGCUUUAAUCAAGCCGGAAAUGGCGCAGGCUGAGAAAUUCGACUUCACAAUGGACUAUUUCAAGAGACUGGCCGGCGGCGAAAAUCUCGGCUUCAACAACGCGGUCUUCCUGUCGGAGCGAGAGGCGGCCGACCGAAAUUACGCGUUAGGAUUUUACAUGAGGGAGCACCAGUGUUACCCGGACAGAUCAAAUCUGCGCGACAUUAUGGACUUUUACUUCCAGUGCUGCGCCAUGGAAGCGAACUGCGAGACGAUGGCAGUGAUGGCUGCGACUUUAGCGAACGGCGGUAUUUGUCCGAUCACCGAGGAGAAGGUCCUAAAACCGGACAGCGUCCGUGACGUAUUGAGUCUCAUGCAUAGCUGCGGCAUGUACGACUACAGCGGACAAUUCGCAUUCAAAGUUGGUAUACCGGCGAAGUCCGGCGUAUCGGGGUGUCUACUGGUGGUAAUUCCGAAUGUCAUGGGAAUUUGCACAUGGUCCCCGCCUUUAGACCCGCUUGGAAAUUCCUGCCGCGGUGUCCAGUUUUGCGAGGAACUCGUGCGCGAAUUUAAUUUUCACAGGUACGACAAUUUGAAGCACGCGACGAACAAAAAGGAUCCUAGACGGCACAAGUAUGAGACGAAAGGCCUCUCGAUCGUUAAUCUCCUGUUCAGCGCUGCCAGCGGUGACGUCACCGCGAUGAGGAGACACCGGCUGAGCGGAAUGGACAUGACUUUGUCGGACUACGACGGCAGAACCGCGUUGCACUUGGCCGCGAGCGAAGGCCAUCUGGAUUGCGUCGAGUUUCUGAUCGAGCAAUGCGGUGUCCCACACGAUCCCAAGGACAGAUGGGGCAAACGACCGGUCGACGAAGCCGAGACUUUCGGGCACACGCAGGUGGUGGAGUAUCUCAACAACUACGCCCUCGCGCACAACACCGAGCUCGAGAACAAGCAGAACGAGUGCAUCAAUGAUGACAGCGAGUCGUGCAAAACGGCGGAGAAAGCGGUGCAAUCGCCGUUACCGUGAACGACCAGCGACGACGAAUUUGCGCGAGACUGAGACGCGACGGCUGUGCGAGGGUGGAGACAAAAGGAAGCUGUCGCGAGACGAGACAGAGGCGCGAGAGACGGCGUAUCGAUCGCGGUGAUUGGGGGUACGAGGUCACAGAGAGGAGAAACGCGUUCUCGCCGUAGAUAACGAGAGUACCCAUGCAAGAUCUUACGUUCGACCCUUUUUCUUUUUUUUUUUUGUUCACGAUGGGAAAAUCCUCAUGGAUACUCUCGCCCCUUGGGGGUGGCGAGAGUUAUGCCGGACUCUUACCGGCUAAAACCCCACCGGAAUGCCUUUCCUCGGGGUCAGCUAGGACGGCCGGAGGAACCACGUUAGUACCGGGUCUCCGAUCGUCCUGACGUUCGACCCUAUGUCGGGUCAUUAAUCCCUUGACAUACAAUGACGAGUUAGGGUCGUCUAUUCGUUUCAUGUGCCACUGUAGACUUUGACGAGUCUGACUCGUCAAAAGCUGUUUUCAGCGGACGCCGUGCAGUAUAUAAAUAAACUAUGUUGCUUCACUCGUGCGUCGAUAAAUAAAAUGUACUCUUUCUCACCUUCCACAUCACUGUUCAGUUGAGCGAAAUUAAAUAGUAUUUUUCGGAAGCAUCAAGUCCCGUUUUAUUUGUAUGUCAAGGGGUUAAUAAGUGUCAUGUUUCCGACGUCGAGUUCCACAGUCGAGUUCGAUAAUUCAAGAGUGCAAAAACGACAACCAAUUCUAGACCGAGCGUUCGCGAGCGCACAUUGAGCAUCGCGGAAUUUCCUUGUCUAAAUAUUUCGGUGUCUAAAGCGUUAACUUUCGGGAUCAAAAGUAUAAAAUAAUUUCCGUACACACCGAGUCAGAAAUAAUCUCGGUAUAAUAUAAACAACGAACGAUAUAUGGCGCGAGCACCACGUGUCGCGAUCGCACAUAUGUGUCAUGACAAGGGCAUACGCGAGAAGCGCGAGCUUGUACCGCGCGAGACACCGAGAAGAAUGGUUUUUGUUUCGCGCUCGUACGUCGAUUUUUCGGCGAGAUACGGCCGCUUUAAGUUUCGUUUGAGGUGUGAGCGGUGCACUUGAGCGAUCUUUUACCGCCGACCGACGCGCGUGACACAUUGUAGCGGCUCGCGGCGGUGCGUUCGGCGCUGAAAGCAACGGCACGCAACAUUGUAACCGGGCGUUAGUCGCCGAUCAAACAACGUUCGCCGCUCGUCGAUAUCCUCAUGUAAAAUAAUCGUAGCGACAUGGAGUAAAUUGCACUCGAAAGCUGAGAUGGUCCCGCUUCCGGUGAAGGGAGGACCGCCUCUCUGUGCGAUCGAUCAAUUUUGCGAUCUCGCGGGCUGAAGAUAAAUCUAUGAUUUCGAUUUUGCGAUGAAUCCUGUUGCAGAGAAUGCAUCUUUCGUUAUCAUUCCGAUAUUAUAUGAGCCCAAAAAUUAUUCUUAAUAAUUACAAACUGCGUUAAAAAUUAUAAACGACGCGAGAAAGUGUCCAAUUUUUCGCCGGUAACGCACCGAUAUUGAAUGACAAAUUUUUGGCCAAUAACUGUGCAGCUGUGAUCGGUCAAGCGUGGGUUUUAUUGUAACGUCUGGCUAUCCUAUAUGAGUGUCCUAUAUUUCGCUGUUUUCUUUUGUAUUGUAUUAUUUAAGGAACGCAACGGUGUACGUAAUCUCAUUAAUUUCGCACGAUUAUUCGCGACACUACCGAACGCUCGUGUUUCACUUGACGAACUCGAUACGAUCUUCGCGCUGGGCUGAAGGGAUUCGUUCACACGUCGACUUUGAAGAGACAAUAACGAGUUUUUAAAACUCUCUGGCCGUGACCUCGUCCCAUUUAUGCGCGAUGUAUAGUUAUCUAAGCGCGCUCGGAUUAACGGUAACUGUGAUUGAUAUUAUGUGCGUAUUUGCCACACGUGGUUUCUUUCCAUUGUUCAGCACAACGUUUCAAGGAACCAACUGUGGCAGUGAAGGGCUCGACACUUGCUCGUUUUAUCUUUCUUCUUAAUUUAUAUUUUUACUUCUACCUCGCAUCCUUCACUAUCGCAGAGACGGAGGGGCUACUCUUCCCUCUUUAGAGUAUACUUUGAUAUGUUUCUUUUUAAUGUACACUUAAUAAUAAACGCGAUAAAGAUUUCCGACUUACAUAUCAGAUCAGUGAAGAAUAACGGAGAUACGACUCGGUAUGGUCUUCAAAUUCGAUGGGAUCUUUUUCGUACGGUUUAUUCGUUCAGCAGAUAUCAAUGGGACAACGUGGUGUCACGUGGUGAAUUCGCCAUCAAUCUUUGUAAAAAGAUUUCUUUAGAUUACACUCGGUCAUUUAUUCUUAUGGGAUAGAAUAUGUAAAAGAACAAGAGGACGAAGUUUCUUCGAAGCUUUCGACACGGGGUUUGCCUUACUGGACGAGAGUAAACGUAGCCUUCAAGGAUAGAGUCGGGUUGUUUUCGCCUGACGAUUCAUUUUGCACGCUUUAAUUAACAACACUAAUGAUAUAUUUCCAUAUUUUCUCUCUCGUUUCCCCAAUCUCACUCCGCUCUUCAGAUUCUCCGAUUUUACACGAAGUACAAUCAACGAUUCGGCAAAUUAGUCAUCUCUCGACGCAGCUUAUUAUUCCUCUAUUUAAUUGUGCAGAUUAUAAUCCAUUCUGUCAUAACGGCACGUAAAAUACACGGAUUACGAGUCGGUCGGGAACUACAGAUACUAUCUCGCGGGGAUUCUUCGUAACGGGUUGCGCAUAAAUUAUGCGUUAAACGGAUUCUUUCUUUUCUAAUAUAUCUUUUAACACGUUUCAACGAUUCCUCGGAGGCACCGAAGUUACACAUUUGCCUUUCGUCGAAUCAUCCGCUCUCUGCACUGUAUACGUUUUCAUUUUUUCUGUUGCGUUAUCGUUUGCAUUUUUCACUCGGAUGAGAGAGAGAGAGGGAGAGAGAGAGAGACAGAAAGAGAGAGAAAGUAGAUGAUCUCGAUAGCUCUUAGUACACUUACGUCGUUGAGAUAAUCACGAAGAACGGAUAUUGACGCGAGACACGACGCGACGGGAGAUGUACUGUUACGACACAUCUCCGUAAUAUAUCAUCGACGAUAUAUAGAAGUACACAUGUCGUUCCAUAGUCUAACAGUUCUCGGACAAAUCGGAGCACAAUCGCACGACCUCAUCGCGGCACCCGGGGGAGUGUCGUGCUCUUAUAUUAUAAUAAACAAGCCGACAAACGCAAGGCUGGAAGAGUCAAUUUUUCGCAAUGCGCAUUAUCCAGGGCUUGCGAUCUGUAUACUCGACGUUAGGCAAAUAUUUUUGAACGGUAGCUAGGAUUGCUUCGUGUAGAGAGGGAGACCUAAUCUUAUAUUUUCUCCAAAUGGACAAAAUAAAGCAAAAUGAAAAGAUGACAAUAAUAUCGUUACUAUUAUUAUAUUAUGCAUAUUUCGCGUUGCGCGAGAACGUGAAAGCACGCGAGAGAGAUUUAUAGUUGAAAUUUUUGUGACGAACAUCACAAAGUCUCUCGUUUCUUUUCCGUUUCGUACCGUUCGCGCGAGAAUUAGUUGCAGUAUUAGUAGAUCAACGAUAAGUUUCACGACGAGAGAUCAUCUUUGCGUAUUUUUGUAUGAUUGUCUGGAGGAAAUAUUCACGUUACUUCUUAGAGAGGCUUGCUCGUGUGUUCGCAUGAGCAGUCUCGUAUAAUUUUGUCAAUCAAGUCAAUGAUGCAUCCGCCAAUGUAUUUGCUCUGUCUAGGAAAUAAAAUGUUUAAGAAAUUGAUUUUUUCGUCG